AUGUCGUCGCGUGGAGGUCGCGCGCCCUCAGCACCAUGGGGGCGGUUGAAGCAGGUCAGUAUCGAUCCUCUGGAGUCAAUCGGCUUGCCAUCAAAGGGCGACGACAGGCUUCUGAAUCACCGCGUACAAGAGCAGUACUACACGAAGAUUGUCGAGCGCUUUAUGGCAUUCUGCUCUGAUGCAGGCCGUGGCGACGAACUUUUGCGCCGACUCGCCCAACUCGAAAUAUCACCAGAGAAUGGAAAGAGCCAUACGAGGUCCUCAAUCGCAACAGAUACACGAGUGGAAAGCAUGAUGGCGGGCUUCGAAACAUCCAAUGAAAAGGAUAUAUCCUCCCUUAUGAUGGGUAUGCGUAAAUUACGUGAAGGCAUUGUGGCUUCGAAACGUGUGGACGAUUUCUCCAUGCAGGCCUAUAUUUUCUGUAUACGAUUGUCGAUACAAGUAAAGCAUAUGGAGUCUUACCACCCGGCAAUCUUACAUCUCCUGAAGCAUAUGCACACAGUCCAACCCCUCACCAAUGUGGAGUUGCAAGAGUUUGUUGGGUACUUAGUCCUAGAUCUCGCAUGCCGACAGAAUGAUUUGGCGCAAGCAUAUUUCGUUAGACAUACUUAUGGACUGCACGAUUCCAAGGUCGACGCAAUUCUUCAUGCGCUUUCUCACGAUAAUUACUUUCUGUUUUGGCGAGUCAAACACAGUGUGGAUGGUUUGAAAGCCAAGGUCAUGGAAUUUGCAGAGGAUGCUAUCAAAAGGCAGGCGCUGAAGUGUCUGGGUCGCAGUUACUUGGUCAUCGAUCAGAAAUCACUCGAGGAGUAUACCAACACCACCUGGCAGGUGCUGGUCAGAGAUUUCGGUGUCGGCUGGCAACUGGAUGGGUCUAAGGUCAUUAUACGAAAACCUAAAGGACGAUGA